AUGCCAAAGGGCAGCCGCAGAAGAAUUUACAUUGGCCGUCUCGACAAGAGAACCCGUGCUAGGGACCUGGAGGAUGUGUUUAACCGCUAUGGUCGCAUUCGAGACGUAGAGUUAAAGAGAGACUACGCUUUCAUUGUAUGUCCCGACGUUAGGAGUAUUACGAGCCCCGAGACGCUGAAGACGCAAUCCGUGACAUGGACGGCAGGAAGCUGGACGGAUCUCGCGUUAUCGUAGAAUGGGCAGGGUCAAACCGCAGUGGCCACGGAUCCGCAAACGAAGACACUUGUUUCAAUUGUGGACAAACUGGACAUUGGUAAUUAUCACAUAGGGCGAAUAACUGCAAAGAAGGUGACUGAAAAGAUAAAUGCUAUAGGUGUGGCAAAAAAGGCCAUAUGAAAAGAGACUGUCAAAGCUCCAGGUCUAGAUCAAGAUCUAGAGAAAGAAAUAGAGGAAGAAAUUCCUCAAGAGACAGAGAUGCCAAUAGAACACGAAAUGGGUCAAGGGACAGGAAAAGAGAUAGGGACGACUCAGCUGAUAGAAAUAGAGAAGAGGCAAGAGAAAGAUCGAGAGAAAACUCAGAAUCUGCAGAAAAAAAUAGCAAAAUUGAGUCACCUGUCAGAGAGGAAUAUGAAUCUUAG